AUAAUCACAACACAAUACAAAACGAAACAAGAAAAGAAGAAAGAACCAUCACAACACAAGUCAAAUUGAGUCAAACAACAUUCUGUCAAAAUGUCGCUCAAUGCAAAAUUUCAAUUGAAUAGCAAUGAAAAUAAUAAAAAGAACGAUAAAUCACUCAAACCAUUAUUUCCUAAGCGAGAAGAAUGUUCACACGUGUCUUGUUAUUGUGAAGAAAAUGUCUGGAAACUGUGUCAGGAUGCCUCUAUAAGGAUUCCCGAGGAACUGGAUAGGUGCUAUGUGGUUUUCAUAUCGAAUCCUUGCCGUACAGUGCCUCUGUGGAAACAAAGGGCUGGGCGUGAGGAAGAUCGUCUAGUCAUUUGGGACUAUCAUGUGAUAUUUCUCUACUCUUGGGAUUGCAAGACAUGCCUUGUCUAUGACUUGGACUCUGAAUUGCCUUUUCCCACUUUCUUCCAUAAAUAUGUCACAGAAACAUUUCGUACGGACCAAGUGUUAAAAUCUGAUUUUCACAGAUUUUUUCGUGUUGUGCCUGCUAAGCAAUUUCUGCAGCAUUUUGCUUCAGAUCGUCGUCAUAUGAAACGGCCUGAUGGCACAUGGAUCAAACCACCUCCUUCAUAUCCUGCCAUUUGUACUUCAACUACAAUUCACAACCUAGAUGAAUACAUCAACAUGGACUUUGGGACGGGCCCAGGCCAGGUGUUCAAUCUAACCGACUUUGUACAACGGUUCUACAAAAUAAAUAAGUAGUACAAAUAAGUUAAGUUAGCUAGUCAAAUAUUAUUUUAACAUCACAAAUCUAUCGGUUUAUGGUUUUUAAUGAUUAUGUUUUAAUAAUCCUUGUUAUUUUAUAUUAGUUAUGUGAUUAUUUUAUUUGUUUAUUAUCUCACAGUUUUAUCUAUCUUAGAAUUUUUAAUUACCUUCACUUUUAAUAUGUUAAAAAUAAAAAAAAGACAAUCUCUUCCCACCUAAUAUCUCAAUUUCUCAAUUAUUCCAAAGCACAGUGAUUCUUAUCUUUGCAAUUACAGUCACGAUUGGUUUAGCACAGAAUUUGCAAAUUUUCACUAUGAUAUAUUGAACCUAUUUCUGUGCAGAAACAAUCAAGAUAUUAUUUUAAUGACAUUAAAUAGUGAUUUAUAUCAUUUACUAAUUACGAAAUCAUUACUGCAUAGAAAUGUUCAAUUGUCAUUGUCUCUAAUCCUUUAAGAUAAUAACAAUAAGUAUGUAUAACGUUAAAAUCAUAUAAAUAUGUACUUUCCCUUCUAAAUUUAGCUAAUGGCCAGUUUUAGAUAGUUGAAUGUCUAUGAAUAAGUAUUAAGACGAGGCAAGUGCUUAAAAUUCAAUUUUAUACGAUCUCUUGUGUAGUUUGUACCAUUUUCAAUAACCUCAAUUUGUUUCGUCAUUUUUUGUGACAGAAAUAUUAAAUAAGUACUAAUGUACCAUUUGUCUCACUUUGAGAAGUUCCUUGUUUAAGAUUUAUAUGUAUGUUGUCUUGAAUGAUUCAAUUAAUAUUUAAGUAAUAUUAUUAUAGAUGAAAUGAUCGCGAGGUAGCUUUUGUAUGUUGUUAAAUCUAUUUCAUAAUUUUGUAACAACUUUUAUACACUCUUUUUAACCUUCCCUAGCACCCUUAGUAGAUUUAUACAAUAAUGGUUUAGAUAUUAUAAAAGCAUGUUUGGGCUUAUGACAAAUAAGACAAGAAGUUAAUAUUGAUAGUCUUAAGAUUUCUUGUUAAUUUAAUAGGUAUUGUUAAUUUGGUCUAAUUUAUUGUUAACCUCAGAGCUCAUUAUGUUCUGAAACUAUCAAAAAGUAAAUCAAUAGGCUAAUUACUUACAUGCUCGCCAGGAGUGGCAUUGAAUGCAACAACCAACAUAAUUGUUGUUCACACAAGUCACGUAAUAUUAACGUUUAUUUAAAAAUGUUGCGAAAAUAGCUUGGUUACUAAGAAUACCUUUACUAAAGUUAAUAAGAGUUAAGUAAUCGUUAUUUAAUUUUUUUAUUAUAUUUCAAAGUUUUAUUAACUAUGAAUAACAUACAUAAAUUCCUCAAUAUAAGGUACCUACAUAGCUUCAUAGCACAAACAGCAAUUUGUUACACAUGUGAAUGUUGAUGUUUUUACAAUUUUAUUCAACACAUGAAGCAAUGUAACUAUGUGUAUGUGAAAUAUAAUUUAUUCAAGAACAUAUGUAUAUCAUAUUCUAUAAUUUACAGGGUUUUAUUUGUAUAAGAAAUAAAUAUCUAGUCAUUCUUUUGAACAUGUAAUGUCACAUUUGAUUGAACAUAAUAAGUUCCACCGGAUUUUGCGAUGAGUCACUAUGCUGUAAUGAACUAGUCAAUAAUACUUCUAAGUAAACUAUUAUCUUAUAGCACUAUUGAGGCGUAGCUGGAUAUUAUUUGGGACCAAAUGUAAGAGUAUGUGAUAGAUCCCGGUGUAUGGAAGUUCUGUGGGGGUGUCUUAACGUCCCAUUGGUUACGCCUUUCUACUAUAUUCACUAUACUAUUAUUAGCUCGUGGUUGGGAAACUAUUCCAUGCUGCAUACAAUUAUGUUCGUUAGUUUGUACAUCAAGGUUAAAGUGACAUGAACGUAGAAUUUUCUAGGGUUCUAUUACCUAUACAGACUUAACGCAUUUUCUAACGUAAACAAUAUUGUGCAGCUUGGGUAGUAGGUAUCAUCGCUCAUGCGUAAAAAGUCUCUUUCGCAAAAUGCCCCAUGGCGUAAAGUGUCUCUUUCGAAUAAUGUAGCGUCAGGGACUUAAUAUAUAAAUAACAACUGUCAAAACAAAAUCAUUAAUUCGACUUAAGUUAUUUUAAUAGUGAGGAUCGAGAGAGAGGUGAGACGUUUUACGAAAAAAGAGACAAUCUGCGAAAGAGGACACAUAUCUAUUUACGACCAGGGGACAUUCUACGAGAGGUUUGUUGCGUAUGAACCGUAUCAUCGAUGCUAGCGCGGCUUUGUGAAGAUGAUAGGCAGUCAUUUGUUCAUAUUAUCGCUGCUUCGUCUCAAUCACGAGAACUUUCAUUAGAUUCAAUCUCUACGCCUUUGAAGUUCGAUAUUUUGACCGACAACUAAGAGUGAUAACAUAAUUAUGCUUGCGCUUUCAAUGUACCAAGUUCAUAAUUUACGGAUUAUCAAACUAAAAAAUAAAAACACCACACACA